AUGGACCAGAGGAUGUCUCGACAGGUACAGCGUGCUCUGCAGGUUCCGCUCCACAGAAGGGUUCGCAGGGUCGAGGCCCGAGAGUAUAUUGAGACAUUCGAGAGGACGGACCGCAGAAGCCAAGUGCUGCAUGAGUUUGCUAGGCUGGACUUCAACAUGGUGCAGACAAUCCACCAAAGAGAGCUCAGGGAGUUAUCCGGGUGGUGGAGGGACUUGGGCUUGGGCGAGCACAUUAGCUUCGCCAGAGAUAGGCUGGUGGAGAGCUACUUCAUGGCGGUGGGGAAGAUGCAUGAGCCACAGUUCUCACAGUACAGGAUGCAACUCGCCAGGGUCUCGUACUUGAUGGCCACCGUUGAGGACAUCUUCAGCGAGCAUCAGUCUGUUGAGGAGCUCGAACGCUUUGUGCAAGUUGUUGAGAGGUGGGAUCUUCAAGCGGCAGAGCAGCUGCCUCAGUCACUGAGGGUCUUCUAUGCGGCUGUCUACAACACAACCAACCAGAUCAGCUACACUGUUCUUAGGAGGCAUGGCCGUGAUAUCACUUCACACAUGAGGAGAGCGUGGGUGAGUGUGUGCAGAGCUUACUUGGUUGAAGCAAGGUGGCACCGUGCCCGGCAGACACCAAGGCUAGAGGAAUAUUUGAGCAACAUCCGGGCAGCCAUGACCGGCCCUAUUCUCCUCCCUGCCUACUUCUUCCUCUCCCAAAACAUUGAGGAACAAGCAAUCCAGCAGCUGCAGAAUGACUCCAACAUCAUCAACUUCUCAUCGAUGAUAGUUCGUCUCUCGGCAGACCUCCAGAGAUCCAGGCUUGGAAUCCGCAGCGCCAAUAUCAUCGACGACGCUGCUAGCUCCAAUCAAAGAGAUAAAACAUUCAAGGGAGCCAAGUCCACCGAGCAUAAUACCCUGAAAAUUACCUCCAAACUCAAUGGUCCUAACUAUUUGAGUUGGGCAAAGGCUGCUCGCUUGUUCCUUAGUGGAACAUCAAAGAUAUCAUAUAUUAACGGGAAAACCAAAGCUCCAGCCACUACUGAUCCCAGUUACGAUCAAUGGGAAUCAGAGAAAGACAUGGUUAUGGCGUGGCUGCUCAACUCUAUGGAACCAUCCAUAGCAAAUCUGUUUACAUAUCAAGAUACCGCGCAUGGAAUAUGGGAGGCUCUGAAAGAACGUUACAGUGAGCAAAAUAAUCUUGAUCGAGUAUACCAGAUACAAUGCAAGAUUGCCAGUCUCACCCUCCAUGACCAAGACAUGCAGCGGAAGGAUGCAACGUUUCAGGACCCGGGUAUGAAUAAGGUGAUUGGUAAGGGCCGACGCCAUAAUGACCUCUACACUUUGGACAUCGACAAUCUUCACCAAAUCAAAAUCGACUCAAAGGACCAAUUACCAAAUUUGGCAAGCUUGAUUAGAACACAUAUGCAUUCGGAACCUCAGUCGCCUCAUCUCUUCCCUCACCAUUGA